AUGAAUCCCAUAGCUAUGGCCAGAGCACGAGGUCCUGCCCAAACUUCGGGACCAACAAUACAAGACUACUUGAACAGGCCAAGACCAACAUGGGAAGAAGUGAAAGAGCAACUAGAAAAGAAAAAGAAAGGAUCCAGGGCUUUGGCUGAGUUUGAAGAAAAGAUGAACGAGAAUUGGAGGAAAGAACUGGAAAAACACAGGGAGAAAUUACUGGGUGGAAACGAGAGUUCCUCCAAAAAGAAAGAGAAAAAGAAAAAGGAAAAGAAGAAAUCUAAUAGGUUGUCUUCAUCUUCCUCUUCUUCAUCAAGCUCUGAUUCUUCCAGCAGCUCAUCUGAUUCAGAAGAUGAGGAUAAAAAGCAAGGGAAGAAAAGAAGGAAAAAGAAGUAUCGCUCCUCACGGAAAUCUUCAACAAGCUCAACUUCUGAAUCUGAGUCAGACAGCAAGGACAGCACAAAAAAGAAAAGGUCAAAGGAAGAUUAUGAAAAAGAGAAGGAAGGCAAAAGUCACCACAGGAAGAGGAAGAAAGCCAAUCGUGGUGAUGGACCUUUAUCAUCAGAAUCCUUGUCAGAAUCUGAUCAGACAGAGGAGGUGCAAGCAAAAAAGAAGAAAAACAACGAGGAAAAAGAGAAAACAGAUAAAACAAAAAAGAGAAAGAAGCACAAGAAACAUGGCAAAAAGAAGAAAAAGAAGAUUGCUGGUUCUAAUUCGAAUUCGGAAUAACAUUUUAAAAAAAUGAGACUAUCAACAGAAGUGCAAUGAGUAAAGGAAACUUAAACUGUGAAAUGACAGCAAACUUUACCAAACUGCAUGAGUUUUCCUGUGUUUUAGAAAUAUUCCUUAUCUUUCAGUAGCCAGCCAGAUGCAGCUGUGCUGGGAAAGAGCAUUGUUAUUGCCUGCUGCUUAAUACAUGAGGUACAACUUUUAUAAAAUUCCAGUAAGCAGUGUUAGAUGUUUGAAACAGUAUGAGAUGGUGGUCCAGCUGAGGUGUAAAAUAUUGGAAAGUAAGAGUUAAACUUUUUAGAUAGUAAAAGUAGUCUUUUAAAGCAUUAGUAAUAGUCUUUAUUUGUAAAUCAGGACAAAUAAAAUCCCAAGUUUAUCCUGCAGGUUAAUAUUAUACAUAAACUAUUACAAGCUGGUGUCUGCUAAUGGCGUUUACAAAAUGGGAAAUAAUGAUAACAUUUAAAACGCUGCCUUUGUAGAAAUGUUUAUGAUCUGCCCCAUUACCGUCUUUGUGCUUAUGAGAAAGGGAAUGCUACCAUUUUGGCUAACUGAAUAGGGUGCCUUUGCCUUUGAUUCUUGCAAAUCUCUGCUAUUUUUAAUCCAUGCAGCAUCUCUGAUCCUAGGGAAGCCAGAACUAUUGUCAGCAGACUUUUUCUGAAUAAGCAGUUCUGGGCUUCUGAGCAUGUGCUUCUGCAUUAAGCAAGAGCAAUGACAUUUUGCAGUAUAACUGACAUUCAAAACCUGAAGAUUUUACCUCUGCUUCUUUGAAAUAGCGAUAGAUCUUUGCUAGUAAAUAUGUGUAUUUCAUUUAUUGUAAUUUUGGUUUAGUUGAACACGUCUUGCAAACACUGGUAGCUUUCUUUGCAUUAUCUUUAGAAUUGUUUUGCAUGAUUUGUACCAUUUUUAAAUUAAUGAAAUACAGGUAAUAAUUUGUUGUAGCCGGUUCUAUGAAUUACGUUCCACGUACAGAGUUUCAUGUAUGUAUUUAGUUAUUCUUAUAGUUAAGUUCAUUGCUGUAUUUAAGUGCACACUUGCUGAAGAUAUUUAGCAUGUAAAAAGCAGGGUUUUGAUACCUUAACAGCUUCAUAUUGAAGCUGAUUUUACUCUUAAGCAAGUUUAGUGGCAGGUCUGUUACGUGAUGUGUCUUGCUAGAUUAAAAAAAAACUACUGCCAGAAUCUCAUUAAAGAUACUGUUUAAACAGUUUGUAUUUAUAUUUUUGUACUUGAGGGCUACAGAAUGUUGACCU